CGGUGACACAUUACGCGGUUUUGCCGCGCGGUUUCGCCGCGCGGUUUCGCCGCUUUUUGGACAACACACACAAACAAAUUGGAGGUGUCACACUAGCCGCGCGGCGCCGCGAAACACGGAAACAUGCUGCGGCAGAACCGCCCUGCCGCGCGGCCGCUUCCUGCCGCGUUUGUUGACAAAACACACACAGUUCAGUGCAUGCGGUCACACUAGACGGUUUUGCCGCGCGGUCGAUGUAUCAUCAUGUUUGACAUCGACUUGUUUAUUCAAUGUGUUCAAGAGAGGCCAGCUUUGUGGGAGAAGAGUGCCAAAGAUUAUUCUGAUAAAAACAAGAAAGAAAAGGCAUGGUUGGAGAUAGGAGAAAUAAUGUACAGUGACUGGCAUGAUCUGGAUCUACUGGGGAGAGAUGUGAAAGUAAAGGACAUGAAGGACAAGUGGAAAAACAUCAGAGACAGCUUUGUGAAACAUGAAAAGCAGGGCAAAAGUGGUGAUCCUGCAGCCAAAAAGAAGAAAUAUAUUUAUGCAGACGCACUCAGUUUUCUACUGCAAACCCUAGAAAAGCGAAAAACUUCAGGAAACGUGGAAGAAGAGGUCGAUGAAGAAAAACAUCAGGAGGCAGUAAGAAAUGUGGAAGAUGACACAGAAGAAAGUCAUGCCGCUAGUGCCCUCAGUUAUGUUCCACAAACUAAGUACCGCCAGCGUGCCAAAGCUAGCAUCACCCCUUUCCAGAAUGAGCUACUGAAGAAACUGAGUGACACCUCCAAGCAGGACGAAAUGGAUGUAGACAAAGCAUUUUUAUUUUCCCUUCUGCCUGACUAUAAACAACUUAAUGCUGCUGAUAAAUUUAAUUUCAAAAUAAUGAAUCUUCAGUUUUUUGAAAAUAUAAGACGAACAAAACAUACACAAAACAUGCAACCAGGACAAACACACUACACUACCACAUUUUUCACCUCAUCCUGCACAGGGACCACUUCAUGUGUUGACACCAUCACAACACAUGCAGAUAUCAUCGCCUGCACAAAUACCAUCUCCUGCACAAAUUAA